AUGAGACACCAGCACAGCCUCACCAUGAGACACCAGCAGAGCCUCACCAUGAGACACCAGCACAGCCUCACCAUGAGACACCAGCACAGCCUCACCAUGAGACACCAGCACAGCCUCACCAUGAGACACCAGCACAGCCUCACCAUGAGACACCAGCACAGCCUCACCAUGAGACACCAGCACGGAUUCACCAUGAGACACCAGCAGAGCCUCAUCAUGAGACACCAGCACAGCCUCACCAUGAGACACCAGCAGAGCCUCACCAUGAGACACCAGCACAGCCUCACAAUGAGACACCAGCACGGAUCACCAUGA